AUUCUCGAAGGAUCAUUAUCCCAAAGAUGUUGAGUAUGUGAAAAUGUAAUAAAUUCUUUCGCGAUAACGAAUAAAGAGAUUCUUGGGCGAUAUUGAAUGAUCACUUUUUUCAUCUCCACUCUCUUUCUCAUGUGAAAAAGAGUGAAACCAGUGAAAAUAUGUAGCUAUUUUUAAAUAAAUGUAGUGUCCAUAUCAGUUGUAUGUUUUCCUAUGUCGUGUGGAUAUAAAAAAGUGAAUCUCGAUCUUACGCAAUCGCAUAGUUUUCAAUUUGAAGAGAAAGAAAGAAACAAGUGUGAAGAAGGAGCUCAAUUUCGGGAGACAUCAAGGACAGAGGUGGCCAGGAAUACGCACAAGUCAUCGAGCUCUCACACUUGUUCCAAUUCCCUUGAGACGAGCGCUCUCUCGCUCAGCAGAAUGGACUGAUAUUCGGAAGAGCCAGGCAAAAGGACGCAAUGCAUCACUUGUACCCAAUUUCCAAAGGUGAUCAGCUGUGUCCACUGGGAUUUCAUCCCCAGGUGCGAUGGCCAACACGUUGUAAAAGAUGUUUCCGGGACUACAAAGAGCACGGUGGAAAGAGGAAUCCCGAGGAUGUCAUUGCAUCCUCACCCAAUCUCUCUGAAUCCAGCUCAAAACCACCUGCACGAAUAUGGACAUCCACUCAAAAUCUCUCAACCAUCCCCAGUCCCGAGCCUGUCUCCAAUCAGCCCACAAUUCGACGGAGACCCGCCUCGUGGACCUCCACACCAGACUUAGCAGAUGAUGAGAAGCAGUCCGGGGAAACGAAUGCUGAUGUCGUGGUUAAUUUGCCCAGGAGACGACACACCACAGCGAUUGUCGAGGAGACAAAUGACGAGCCACCCAAUGUGACCAUCAAACGUCCACCACUUCCGCCAUCAGCCGCGAAAACUGCCUCAGAUAUUCCAAAUGAUCUCUUGAUUUACAAGAGUGAUUCCCUCGCAGAGCGCUAUCGCAAGAUGCAGGCCAUGAAGCAGCGCCAGAAUAGCACGGGUAGCAGCAGGGAGUCAAGUCGUGAGAGAUCAGUGCCCAGAAAAGCGGAGGAGAAAGAUAAAUCCCCAUCUCCAGCCGUUCCCAAAAAAGACAUCGAACAGAAAAUCUCUGAGGAGCAGAAAAAAGCGACAGUUGAGAAGCGUGUUCGUCAAAGGAGUGUAGAAACUGUCGAAGAAACACCACCAGAAAGGCGAACGAGAGUGAGAAGCACAGCAGAAGUUCCUGAUGCACCAGCCAAGAAGCCUCCUGUGGUAAAAACUACCACGAAACCUUCACCAAAACCAGUUACACCAAAGACAGAAUCCAAAAUUACCAACCAAGACAUUCAGUUCCUCAUCCACGUGAAGAACAACAAUAGUCAGAAGAAGCAGGAGGACGCCUUCUCCACUACCACAGACACAACAGAUACCACUCUCGUGGCGGUGUCUGAGAAGGGUGAUCGAAAUCUCGUGGAUCAAAUUGAGAGUCUCAAGCAGGAACUGGAAACGACAAAGACACGCUGUGAGCGCGCUGAAAGAGAUAAGAGUGAUAUUCUCCUGCGGAGGCUCGCCUCUAUAGACACAGUCCCCAAUCGAACGGCCGCUUCAGAGGCCCUCAAGCUGCAGCAGAAGGUCAAUGAAUUGAAGCAACAGGUAGAAGAUCUGCGAGAUGACAAACGUAGCCUGUCGCUGAAAGUCAAAGAACUCGAGGCAGAUCUCGACGCUCGUCCAUCAAAAAGUAUUGAGCAUGACCUCAAAAUUAAGCUCAAACAAGCAGAAUCUCUGUGCGAAUCUCUGAUGGAUGAGAAUGAGGACAUCAAGAAGGAGUUGAAGAAUAUGGAAUCGGAAAUUGAUGAGAUGCAGGAUAAUUUCCGUGAGGAGCAAGCCGAUGAGUAUUCAAAUGUCAAGAAAGAACUGGAGCAGACAACCAAAAAUUGUCGCAUUCUCUCGUUCAAGCUGAAGAAAUCCGAAAGGAAAAUUGAACAAUUGGAAAUGGAGAAGCAGGCACUCCAAGUGAGCGGUGACUUGCCGACGAAGAUUCAUCAGCUGGAAGAGGAACUCAAGUUGGCCAAAGAUGUGGCAAAGCGCCUCCAAAGUGAGGCAGAUACGAAGAAAAAGACACCGAGCCUUGGAAAAAUAGGGAAAUCUACAUCAGCUGAUGGAAAGAUUACCAGAGAAUCACUCACGAGGGGUGGAUCUCAAGAAGAUCCCAGCCAGUUACAGAGAGAUCUUCAGGAUUCCAUGGAAAGAGAAGCUGAUCUCAGGGAGCAAUUGAAGUUUGCCGAGGAAGAGGCCGAAAGUUUCAGGAAGAAGUCAUCACGAAUUGAGGAUGAAAAUGAGUCCCUGAUGAUGCAACUCAAGAAGAUGGCCUCAAAAGCUCGUGGAACAAAACUGGGAGCAUCAUCAAAGAUCCGUUCAGUGGAAAAGGACGAGGGCAUUUCAGAUGAGGAAGAUCCCGCUGAACUUCGUGUACUGCUCGAGCUUAAUGAGCAAGAAGCUUCAGUGCUGAGAAGGAAGGUUGAAGAACUUGAGACGGGCAAUGAUAAGAAAGACAAGCAAAUCAAAGAGCUCGAAGAUCGACUUCAAACAGCCACAAAGGCGCAGAAGAAUGAAGUGACUGCAGAGAAGCAAAAACUUCCCACGCUGAUCUCAAAAACACCCGCAGGAAUAAAUGCUGCCAAUGAAAAGAAGAUCAAGAGCUUGGAAGAGGAAUUAAGCACAACGAAAAAGAAACUUCAAGAUAAAAUUAAAGAAGUGCAGCAAUUGCAGGAUACAAAAUCCAGCAAGGAGUCCCUAAAAUCCCAAGACCCUGGUGACCUCAGUCUCAAGAGGCAGCUUCAAACAGUUGAAUCGGAAGCUGCAGUUCUGCGUACAAAGUUGCAGAGUGUUGAACAAGAAAACGAUAAAAUCAUGACAGAGAACAAAAAGUUACAACUUCAAGUGGCCAGAGGAGUCCGGAAAGACUCUACGCCGUCUGUCACAACUGUAAAUUCUACGGGAAAUGAGGAUGAGUUGAAGAGAAUUGAGCAAGAGCGAGAUGAUCUGAGUAAGAAAUUGAAAGACAUCUUGGAAGCUACAGCUGAUAGUCUUCCAACAAGAGUGGCAAAGAAGUACACUGAAACCCUCACCAAAUUCCAAAUGAAGGCGAUGAUAGAAGACUUAGAGAAGGAAGUGAUUCAAUACAGAGCAAUAGCUACAAAAUGUGGAGCAGACAAACUCGAUAAAUUGGAAACAGACAAUUCGAAACUCUCCACUCAAUUGAAAGAGUCACAAGACAAGUUGAAGACGGCCAAUUCAGAAAUCAAAACUCUCAAGACAAAGGUGACAACGUCCACAAAGAAUGGAGAUGUCGAACUAAAGUUGAAGACUGCAGAAAAAGAGAAUAACAAUCUUGUGGAUAAAGUAGCCGAUCUUGAGGAUAAAGUGUUCAAGCACGAGAGUCAAGUGAAACAAUUACAGGCUUCGAAUAAACUUCUGGAAAAUCAAAUAUCUCUCAGCAAGGAUGAAAUCAAGAAAUUACAGGACGAUUUAGAGAAAGAGAAGAAAGAGAAAAAUCGAUGGGAGUCUAAAGUUGCUGAUUUGGAUGCUGAUCUUCAGGCAGCAAGAAAAAAUGCGGACAAAACAAAAUCCAAUCUUGAGAAAGAAAUCACGAAUCUUAAGAGCAAGUCAUCCACUUCUGAAACUCCAUCUAAAGUUGUGGCACAACUGAAAGAGAAGGUAUCAGAAUUGGAGUCAACAGUGGCGAAAGAUGGAGAAAAAUACAAGGACUUAACCGGAAAAUAUGAGCUCCUGGAAGAGGAGCACGUCUUGAUAAAGGCCCAACUGACGAGUGAAAAGGAAAAAGCUCAGAGCGAAGUGGCCACGCUAAAGAAGAAACUCACUGAGGCAAAGGACAAGGAUUCCAAGAGCAAAUCAGAGACUGAAACACUCACAAAGAGACUAUCGGAGGCCAAGGAGAAGAUUACAGAUUUGGAGGCACGAAAUGUAAAGGUCACUGCUAUUGAACUGGAAAGGAAUCGCCUCAAAUCUAGUCUUGAGGAGACUGAGAGAUUGCACGAGAAACUGAAGAAGGAGAAUGAAAUGAAUGCCGAUCAAGUUGUGCAGCUGAAGAGAGAGAAUGACGAGGCGAGGAAGAAAUUGGAUGAUUUUGAGAGAGUUCACAAGGUUGAGAGAUCACUGAAUGACCAGAAUGCAACAUUAGAACAGGAAAUCAAAAAGUUGCGAGUGAAAGUGAAUAGCACGGAAACAGCCAUGAAGUCUGAAGUGGCUUCGACACGUCUUCGGUACGAGCAACAAGUCACAAAUCUCCAGUCUGAACUCUCCUCAAUGCACAAUCAGUGUGAGCGCUUUAAGAGGGACAGAGAUACAUUUAAGCAGCUUCUGGAAGGUGCCCAGAAAACCAUACAUGAUUUGAAGCACUCCAGCGGACGACACAGUCGAGCCAGCAUCCACAGUAGUGGAGAUGAAGAUGAUAAAUCCAGAAUUGUAUCACUAGAGCAGCAAGUUGGAUGUCUGGAGGAUGAACUCAGUGAAUCUCGCCUCGAAUGUAGCAAACUUAAGACGGAACUUGUCUCUGAGAAGACCAAUUCUGAGAUAAAGAUUUCAGAGAUGCAGUCUCAGCUCAAUGAGUAUGAGGAGGACAAAGUAUUGGCCAGUGGCCGAACUAAGAUUCCGGGGACAAAAACGCGCCUCGAGCUCUCGUGGCAAAAGGAGCGAGAGGAGCUGCAGCGACUGUUGUCUGAGACCUCCACUUUGGCCAGAGAUCUUCGUCAGACUCUGUUUGAAGUGGAACGGGAAAGAGACAAGGAACGCCUAGAGAUGCGUAGGAAGCUGGAUCAAUUGAAGAAGAACACCGAGGAUGAGAUGGAAGAGGGCCGGAAGAAGAUUUCAGACCUCCAGUGUGAUCUGCUCGAGUUGAGAGAUGCUCAUGCAAAACUGAGGACGGCUAAUGAGAAACUCCGUCGGGAGCGUGAUCGAUAUGAAAGGGAGCGAGAGAAUGUAUCCAAGAGACGCCUUGAGCAAGACGGGGAAAAGAAAGUAGGAGCUCUGCUGCAGACAGUUGAUGAAUUGGUCAAAAUAGCGCCAGAUUUGCAAAUUGUGAGCUCCAAUUCUGGCCACUCUGGAUCCAAUUCCAGCCAUUUGGCACCCACUCCUAUUCCUCGACGCAGCAAGAGUCGCAGCCCAUCACCUGGACCUGCUCCCAUCCAGAUCUCCUCGGUAUUGGCACGCUUGGCGGAGGCUUCUGAGGAGUUAAGGCGAUACCAAAGAAUAUGUGAGGAUGACAGAGAGAGAGAACGCAUUCGUCGCGGUGGAAUGAGAAGAGCCGCUUCCACUGAAAACGAUGAAACUUCCAGCAGAUUCUCAAAGCUAUCACGAUCCUCCACUCAGAAUGGCAGCCUUUAUCGCAAGAGCCUGUCUUUGGACCAGUCAAUGCAGCAUGAACAGCAAAUGAUCUGGAAAGAGGGCGAUGACAGCAUGUCUUCUCUGCAAUCAAUCGAUUCUGAAUUAGGUGGAAUGGUGAGAGAUUCGAGUCUAGAUUCACGUCUCUCAGCUGGAUCCACACAGAGUGACCUGCCGCGAGGCCCCAGGAAGAAGAAGCGAGGUAUUAUGGGCAAAUUGCGAAGCUUAACCAAAACCAAGAGUAUCGAGAGUGACGCAUCACAACAAGGUUCGGACUCUGAUUUGAGUUUACCUGGAGAUCGGGAGCGCAGCAAAAGGGAUUUGAAGGGACGUCUCUCAGGAAUGUUCAGGAGAUCGCGCGGCAGUAGUAUGGAGAAGACUCUCGAUGAUCUAAAUCACCCCGUCGCUGUAACGACCAUCGAUCCCCACACUGAUAAUCCAGACGCUGUGAAGAAGGUCACCGUGAAACCACCAACCCCUCUUACGACUCCAUCCACCCAGAGGAAAAACAAGUGAGGUAUCAGCAGAAUUUAUGAUAAUCAACGCAAUUAAAUCUACUGUUAAUGAUAAAAUAAACUCAAAGGGAAGAUUUAAAAGUGCAUCGCGUUCUUCAUCACA